AUGCCUUCAACUAAUAGCGUCCUCUCCCCGGCCGCUCAACGCCGCAUCGACCACCACGAGGCCGACGUCGUGAUUGUCGGCGCUGGGAUUCUAGGCUGCGCGCUUGCUGUCGCGCUGGGAAAGCAAGGUCGCAGCGUGAUCUUGCUGGAGAAGUCACUCGAGGAGCCCAAUCGCAUUGUUGGGGAACUCCUCCAGCCGGGAGGCUUGCAGGCACUCGAAAAGCUAGGACUGGCGGAUUGCCUCGAUGGCAUUGACGGGAUAGACGUGAAGGGAUACUGGGUAUCUUACUUCGGUCAACCAGCCCUCCUCGAGUACCCCAAAUCGAGUCCCUCGUCACCAGCCCCCCUGGGCCGCGCUUUCCACCACGGCCGAUUCGUGAACAAACUCCGACAAGCCGCUUUGUCCUGUCCCAAUGUUACCGUCGUCGAAACAAAGGUGACUGGCUUGGUCACCUCAUCACACACCAAUGAAGUUUUAGGAGUCGAAUCUAUUACGAAAGACCUGAAGGACUGCUACUUCGCCCAGCUUACUGUCGCCGCCGAUGGCUACGCCUCUGAUUUCCGCAAGAAACACCACUCGUACACACCCAAGCGCCGCUCAAAGUUCUACGGGCUGGAACUCAUCGAUGCCGAACUCCCUUGCCCUAAUACGGGUCAUGUCCUCCUCAGCGAUAACCCCCCGGUCCUCAUGUACCAGAUCGGCACUCACGAAACCCGAAUCCUGGUCGAUGUUCCGGACAGUCUGCCCGCAGCGUCAGUGAAGAACGGUGGUGUCAAGGGAUAUUUCCGAAAUAACAUCCUGCCCAAGCUUCCUGAAGGAUGUCAAGCUUCAUUUGUGGAUGCGUUGGAGAACGGUCAGCUUCGGUCAAUGCCAAACUCGUUCCUCCCUGCUUCAGUCAACAAGACCCCUGGAUUUAUGAUUCUGGGUGAUGCGCUUAAUAUGCGACAUCCCCUUACUGGAGGUGGUAUGACCGUUGCUUUGAACGAUGUCUGUGUUAUUCGCGAAUUGCUCAGUCCGGAGUGCGUGCCUAGCUUUGCCGAUACCGAACUCGUGCUAAAGCAACUUUCUAUCUUCCAUUGGAAGCGCAAGAACUCUUCCUCUGUCAUCAACAUUCUUGCGCAGGCCCUCUAUUCUAUCUUUGCUGCAGAGGAUCGAAGCAUGCUAGCCCUUCAACGUGGCUGUUUCCGUUACUUCCUCAUCGGUCCCGUUGGAGGUCCUGUUGGUCUACUCGCCGGUCUGAUCCAGGAACCUCUCGUUCUUGUCAGCCACUUCUUCUCCGUUGCCUUCCUCUCUAUCUGGGUUCUUUUCCGUGAGACACCCCUACUAGAUUUGAUCAUGUUCCCUUGGCGUGCCAUCAUGAUCCUCUACACGGCUUGUAUUGUUAUCAUGCCAUACAUUUGGACCGAAGUCUGGUACUAA